AUGUUCAAACGCCUCGCAUUUGGCCUAUUGGCCAUUCAGUCCGUGACCGCACGCUUUGCCAUGUACAUUGACGAAUACCAUGUAACCGGGCUUCCCAGCCAGGACAAGACCGAGGGCAUUGACUAUGCCAUCAUGAGCUUCGCGGCCUCAAAGCUAUUCAACUCGGACUCUCCCGAACCGUACAAGCCAUUCGAGUCCCCUGAGACUAUGCGCAAGCGCUUCAGCCCAGAUACCAAGCUAAUGGUGGCCAUUGGUGGAUGGGGUGAUACCGCCGGCUUCUCCGAGGGAGCAAAAGACGAGGCCUCUCGCACGCGAUAUGCCAAGAAUGUCGCUGCGAUGCUCGACGCAAAUGGAUUUGAUGGUGUCGAUAUUGACUGGGAAUACCCUGGCGGCAACGGCCAAGACUACAAAGACACCCCCAACUCGAAGAAAGUGGGCGAAAUCGAAACGUAUCCUCUCUUCCUCGAAGCUAUCCGUGACGCAAUCGGCGACAAAGUCCUCUCUAUCGCGGUACCCGGUCGGAAACAGGAUUUCAUUGCCUUCACCAAGGAACAGGGUCCUAAGAUCUUCAAAUCCGUCGAUGUCAUCAAUGUCAUGAGCUAUGAUCUGAUUAACCGUCGCGAUAACGUUACCGACCACGCUAGCGGCGUGCAGGGAUCCCUGGACACUGUCAAUGAGUACCUUGCAAUUGGGGCUGAUCCCGCGAAGAUCAAUCUCGGCUUCGCGUACUACGCCAAGUGGUUCACCACCGACCCUAACUCCGACUGUGACGAGAAUCCUCUCGGUUGCCAUCUCGCCAAGCUCGAGAACGACGAUGGGACAGAUAAUGGCAAGUCUGGCUCUCUAACUUUCGAGGCUGGUGUUAUGGCCCCUCCACCUAAGGAUCUGAAGGAGGGAACUACCGGAGUGUGUGGAUCUGCAGCGAAGGCCAAGUGCCCAGCUGGGCAGUGCUGCAGUGCUUCCGGCUACUGUGGGACUACUGAUGAGUUCUGCCAAUCUGGAUGUCUUUCAGACUACGGGACCUGCAAGGGAAUCUCUAUUAUGGACUCAUGGCGCAAAGCCCAGAAGGAUGGCAAAACCGAUGAGAAGGGGGGUGGUCAGUACUACUUCGAUAGCGAAAAUCACAUCUUCUGGACUUGGGAUACCCCCGAGUUGAUUGCCCGCAAGUUCACGGAAAUUGUCGCGGCUAAGAAUCUUGGUGGUGUCAUGGCUUGGAGCUUGGGCGAGGAUACCUACAAGUUUGAGCACUUGCAGGCUAUGCAGAAGGGUCUUAGGUCUCAUCCUCCUAAGGGUGAGGCGAGUCCUCCCAUGACUGGGACAGGCUGUGCAUAG